GAACACAUUUCUUUUACCACAUCCAAAAUAGGUUCUCUUAUUGAUGUAAAUCAGUCAAACCCCUCACGCGCGCAAGGGAUCCAGGGUCGGAGAGGCCAACUUUUUCCAUGUCUUCUCUGGAUCAGCUUUCUCUGCCUCCAUCCCUGCGUGGCAUAGACACAGAUAUGAGCAAUCAGCAAGUGAUUUAUUCCACCCUGAGAUUUCUUCAGUCUCCUUCAGAGUCACCAAAUAGAUUGAGGCCAGAUGGGAAUCAAAAGUCUGGGAACAUUGAUGGCAAAGUAAUUCUUGGGAUCCUGUGUUUACUACUCUUGGCGACAGUUGCUGUGUUGGGGACAAAGAUUUUUCAGUAUACUCAAGAAAACCGUCGGCAGAGGGAAAUGAUAGGAAACCUGACUCGAGAGCACCACAUAUUGCAAAAUGACAGCUACUUAAAGGAGAAACUUUUGACAUACAAGACUUUAGAAUAUAGCAUUCUCAAAAAUGAAUUGCUUCAGCAAAAAAAGAAACAGGAUUUACUCUUUACAAAUAGGAUAUGUCAGAGAGAAAAUAAAGGCAAAUUCUAUGGAAACUGCUGGUCCUGUUAUGGAAUAAAGUGUUAUUAUUUUAUUCCUGAAAGUAAAAACUGGAACAGAUGUAAACAGACUUGCCAAAGUUAUAAUUCAUCCCUUUUGAAGAUAAAUGAUGAAGAUGAACUGGCCUUUAUUCAAUCCCAAACUUAUAGGAAUAACUACUGGAUUGGAUUAUCAUAUGAUGAUAGAGAACAAAAAUGGAAAUGGAUUAACAUUGGCCCACCUUUUGGGAUUAACUAUACAUUCAUGAAUUCUUCUGGAAGAGGACAAUGUGCAUUUUUAAGCUCAACAAGAAUAGCAACUAUUGAGUGCUCUAAGACCUACAAUUGUAUCUGUGAGGAGAGAAUUGAUGAUGUUUUCUCUGCCUAUUUUGAUAGGUACAAGAAGAAAAGGUGCAAUGGAACCUGUCAUUUGUUUGUUUGUUUCUGUGAUAAUUUGUGAAUACUUACAAACUAAUGUUUUUGCUAGUAAGACUUAAUUUACUGGGGAAACAGAGAUGAGUAGGAAAAGGAAGAAAAUGUUCUUUUGGACUAUGAUUUAAGAGAUUAGAUGCCAUCUGUCUUCUUGAGGGAGAGUGCAUGCUUUUAUCUUUGGAGAGGUUUCCCCUCUCUUUAAUGGCCCUGAGAAAUUCCCUUUCUCUUUCCUUAAACCACCCAUAGAAUCACUUAGACAACUCUGGUAGCCUGUUCUUUUUCUUAUUAAUAGCCUGGGUCUUUUCCUUAUUAAUAGGAUAAAUUGGAUAAAUAAUUUCAGUAGCCUCCAGGUUUGAGAGAUGGCACAAUUAAGAAUUAAAAAA